AAACCUUGGAUCAAUCAAACGUUAUCAAAUGUCAUCUCAAAACGUUCAAAAAUAGUUUCAAAAGAGGCUCUAAUUUUUUUAAUAAAAAUAAUAUUUUAAUUUAUUUGUUACUUUUGAAAAAUAUCAAUUUGAAUUAUUCAUUUAUCCUGCAAAAUAAUUACAUAUGUAUAAAAACAUAGCUGCUUAAAAAUAUAAAAGUAGAUAUAUAAUAGCUAGCCGGCUAGAAUAGAAUCGUCGUAUUCAUUUGUUAAAAAUGGCGUAAUGGUGGCGCAUUUUGUCCUAGCACAAGGAUUUUCAAGUUUGCGGUUUUUAAGAUUUUUUAGUAUAAAAAAUGGCUGGUAAUAAAAUAAACACAAAAAAGAAAGAUGAUAAGAGCAAAUCAAGUAGAAAUACUGAUUCAGCAAUGGAAGAAUCUGAGGAUAUUGACUUUUCCUUGCUGAGGAAACCUAUACUAACUAGUAUAACUGGAUUUGCACAGGCCAGAAAGAUAUUUGACCUGGCUACUGAAGAACUCAAAGGUUUGCUGAGUGAUGAGUGUGACUUGCUGUAUGAAUGUAAGGUGUGCCGUAAUAUGUUUAGAAGUUUGGCCAACUUCUUAUCCCACAAAAGAGUUUACUGUAAAGAGAAGUUCAAUUCUUCAGUGCAUGGACAUUUUCUGAAGGAAACCUCUGUUAUGAACGAGGUAUUAAAAAUAAAGAAAUUAGAAGAGAGUUAUCAAGAGUCAUUGCGUGAACAAAUUGACACGAACGAUGCAGAAGAAGAGGAUGAUUCGCGUAUACCUAUCAUGAAAGACCUUACCUCCAUCAUAGAGAAGAUCACUAAGAAUAAGGGCCUACAUCAGAACGAACUUGAGAACAAUCAGUUGGUUUUCCAGAAGAUUCCAAAGAGCUCUGUUGCUGUAUUCCAGAAUGUUGAGGGUGGUGAUACUAAUAGUGAUACUAUGAAAGCCCAGGUGGAUGAGCUAAAUGAUAUUUUGUCUCAAGAAAAUGCAGUGCUGCAAAGCGAUGGAUCAUUCAAAGUGCAGAGUAGUGACACAGUGAGCAGUGACAAGGCAACUGACAGUGCGACACUCAACACCGAUAACGUCAUACAAAUCAGUGAUGAUGAUGAUAAUGAGGAAUCUGAUAUACUGAAAUGCAAAAUUUGCGACCUGCAGUUCUCGACUCAGAAGACGUUAAAAUUCCACAUAAAGUACAAACACUUAGAGAACCGUUUGGUGUACCCCUGCCCGGACUGCUUGGAAACUUUUUCGACAUCUUGGAGUGUCUAUCGUCAUCUCUUCAAGGUUCAUAGAAAAACCGCAGCUCAGAUCCGUAGGCUGCGCGAAUCCAUCCAGGCGAAGGCGUUCCGCAUGAACAACCCGCCCGCCUUCUACGAGAAGAGGAAGACGGCGCCAAAGGCCACGCCCGCGCCCCAUCUCACCGAGGAAGAGAGGCUCUAUAAGGAGAAUCAGGCGUGGCUCGAGGAGCUGGACGGCGAGGGCGAGGGCCGGCGCUGCGGCGGCUGCGGCCGCACCUUCGAGCGCCGCGCCGCUCUGGCCGCGCACGCGCACACGUGCGCGCGCCGCCACCGCCGCCGCAUCCAGAUCCAGAUCCGCAAGGACUACCACAAGGAGCCCAGCAACCCCUACCUCAGCGCCCACAUGCCCUCAGAUUCUAAGUCAAAUACUGAAGAUGUACAGACGGUUGAGAAAGUACAAGAAGACAAGGAUGUGCAGGAAGAUAAUGGUAAAGACGACGAUGAACCUCCAGAAGCAGAACUCCUUGCUCUGGAUGACAAACAGCCAACCACUAAAAUGGACACUGAUGACUCUGUCACACAGAACAAGCCUAAAAUCUAUGAUAUCUCAAUGAUCAACAAUCUUCCGUUCGCUCAACAGAUAGAAAAGAAUAACUUGAAUGCCUUUAGGCAAAAAAUCCAAUCAGAUGUCGAUUUAUUCAAGCUUCUCUGUAAAAAAUGCGAUGUCAAACACGACAAAUUUAGCGAGUUUCUGAAGCACAUGUCCGGCCAUUACAAGUGGGUGCGUUACGCGUGUAAGCUCUGCAACUUCAAACAUUUUAAUUUCGAUAAACUGCCGGAACACGUUAAAGUUGUACAUAAACUUAAAGGCAACACUGAGUUCUUCUACAGCACUGUGAAAGCUAUCGAUGGCACGGAAGCUUUGGAAUUAUCGGAAUCUGUCGAUGAGCCAACGGAUGCGAACGAGACUAGUCCGGAGUCGCGGCGACCGAGCAGAUGCUCCAGCGACUCCAGCCGCCUGUCCGACGACAGCAGCAGCAGCAGCACGAGGCCGGAAACUGGCUCCAGGAAACGGAAGAGCAACAUUUACAGAAGUAAUGCAAAGAAGAAAAGAGAGGCUUUGGUUACAGGUACAGAUAACAACGACCAGAAAGAAGAUGAUAUGUUACUUGGAGAAAAUGAUACAAAUCUUAAUAGUAAAAUGUUUGAAGAAAAUUCUUCAGAUUUAGAUGAUGUUGAAGAAAAAAGUUCUAAGCGUCAAAACAUUGGAAUAAUUUCCUCGGUCGCGUCCCGAAGACCUAUCCGUAAAAGAACUACGCCCAAAAACGCAGACUUUGAAUAUGAUUUAUCUAAUUUGUUAAAAAUGGAAGCACAAGGCUAUAGAGAUUCACAAACUACGAAUACAAAUAAUACUAAAGUGAUUCAAACUAAAAAGAAAGCACAGCAGGAGCUACUGAAUAAUUAUGAUACUAUCAAUAAGGACUGCUGUGGUGCAAUGAUAACGUUAUCUAGAAAGUCGCUAGAAAGCGCCCAAGGUCACAUGAAAACUGCCAGUUUCCCGGUAUUCAAAACGUCAAAGGAGUCGCGAAUAUCGAGUAUUUUCGCGCGACCGAUGAUACCUAGAAUUACGAGAGCGGACAAAAUUUCACCUAAGAAAGUAGAAACUGAAGAAAUUAAAAAUACUUGUAAUCUCAGUAAAAUUGCUGAGCCUUCCUCCAGCUCCACACGUAACCUUACAGAUCUAAUUCUUAGUACUAGCCCAGAAAGUGAACCUGUACCAGAGAAAUGUGAAACUUCCACUCAAACAUGUGCAAAUGUUAUUAAAAAUCCCAAAGAUAAUUAUAACGUUAAAGCAAUGGAUACAAUUUUAAAUGAUCUUAGUGAAGAAGUGAAGGAUAAAUCAGUUUCUAUUUCAGACAAUGAAAAAAAGUUGACUUUGGAAAAUGAUGAAACUAACACAAAGUCGAUAACAGAAACAGAAAAAGUGAGUGAAAAGCUUUUAUCGCUCUCUAUACUAGAAUCUAACCCAGGCAACACUAAACCUCCUAUUAAAGUUCCUAUUAAAUUUGGCCGACAGAGCUUAGAAGUUAUCAAGAAUCCCAUAAUAAAGAGAAAUAUAACUGAUUUUAGUAAAGCUGGUAUGAAAACUAAAAUAUUAGUAAUCAAACCUAUUAACAGAAAUGCAGAUGGUAUACAAAAUUUAAAUGCACCUCUCAAGUUUCAAACUAUUAAAUUAAAAGAUGCAUGCAAGAGUAGUGCCAAGAAUCAUAGUAAAAAGUCUGAUCAAAUUGUAGUUGUUAAGGUACCUCAAGUUGAUCGCGGAAUAACUAGGCCAGUAUCAACCAGUAUUGUAAACGAGAGAGUAUCGCCGGCGACAACUGAUUCACCAUCUAUAGCAGAAAAUGAAAAAUCCGGAAAAGACGUUUUUUCAAAUAAAGAGCAAACACCUUAUUGUGAUGAUAAUAUAGUUAAUAACAACGAAAAAAUACUUGAUAGUGAUGAAACAUCAAUUGAUAUCAGUGAAAAAACACCUAAAAAUGAUGAAAAAACACUUAAUAGUAAUGAAACAACUUUACAAAGUAUAAGUAAUAACAUAACAGAAAAAGAUACUGAACAAAACCUUGAUCACAAGGAUCAAAUGAACUCUGAAUCAGAUCAUAUUGCUAAUGAAACUAUUAAUGAAAACAAUCAAGAUUUAAUGGAGGCAAAUAAAAUUGCUAGCCAAGACAGCUAAAAGAGCUUUUGCAAAGUAAUUAUAUUCCUUUGCCAUAAUAAUGAAGAUAUGUACUUUAAUUUAAGUUUUUCUUUGUACAGUUGUUAACGUUUCUUUAGAAAUUAAAAUUUAACAUACUUGU